AUGUUACCUCUUCGGCUUCUUGGCACUGUUGUCAGGGGAGCUGGUAGAGGAGGGAAGCAGCUCAAUUGUCCAACAGGUAAGCCUUAUCUUUAUAUCAAAUGUUUACAUUUUAAAACAUAUUUAUUGCAACAUUACUUAGUAAACUAAGUUUAGCUAAUCUGGACGAAGUAACAGUCAAGAGUAUACCUGAUGCAAUUGUUAGUGGUGUUUAUGCUGGAGUAGCACGGGUGGAUUCGGAUUCUUUUAGGCCGAUGGUCAUGAGUAUUGGCUACAACAUCCAAUUUGAACAAAAGACCAAAACAGCUGAAGUUCAUAUUCUCCAUGAUUUUACGAAAGACUUCUACGACUCGAGGUUGGAUGUUGUUGUACUCAAGUUCAUGAGGCCGAUGGAAACUUAUAAGAGUCUGGGUAUGUGUUUCAUAGAUUAUAUUCCGUAGAAUGGUGUAUGUUUUUAUAAUUUAAAAGCUUUUUUACAAGCAUUUAUGUAUUUAGAUGAGCUUAAAAGGGCAAUUGAACAAGACAAGAAGAACACCUUAAACUACCUAGAAUCUAUCAAAGAAACGAUAGCAGAGAUGCUAAACAAAGAAGAUGAACAAGUUGCAUGGAAGUAG